UCAGAAACCCGCCUCCCGGCCCUGACUCAGGUGUCUGCUUCAGACAAUGAAGCGCUAGGCCGACUCAUCUCCGCCAUCUUAGCAGAGCGGGAGAAGGAUGCAGUGGAGCAUUUCCUGGAGCAUCGUGGGCCUCUGCCUCCUAGCAGUUGGCACUUGGGGACAGGAAGACCCUGAAGAAAGUGAGCUUAAAGAAUAUGAAGUCUCCAUCUCGGGAAGCAGGGUAACACUGACCUGUCCUCUGGAUCCUGAAUCUGGCUCACUAAAAUGGGAAAAAAAUGAUGUAGUAUUACCCGAUAAGGAAGAGCAACUCAUACUGCCAUCAUUUUCAGAAAUGGAUGACAGUGGUUACUAUGUGUGCUACUUAAGUAACGCAGCAAAGAAACAAUACCUCUACCUGAAAGCUAAAGUAUGCGACAACUGCGUGGAGGUAGACCUGAUGGCCUUGGUCACGAUCAUCAUAGUGGACAUCUGCGUUACUCUGGGCUUGCUGAUGCUGGUCUAUUACUGGAGCAAGAACAGAAAGGCCAAGGCCAAACCUGUGACUCGAGGGGCCGGUGCAGGGGGCAGACCCAGGGGACAAAACAAGGAGAGGCCCCCACCCGUGCCCAACCCAGACUAUGAGCCCAUCCGCAAAGGCCAGCGGGACCUGUACUCUGGGCUGAAUCAGAGAGGAAUCUGAUUGCACGGAAGACACGGCCUCCCAGGGCCCGGGUCUGGCCUGGGCACCCUGCUAUUUCCUGUCCCCUGGACAAGUCUUGGCUGCCACAAGAGAACUGGUCUUCAGCCUCCUGGUGAACUCACGCCCCACAGCCUUGCCCCUGGCUCCCCUGGCUCCCUCCUUCCUACCUUCUCUGCUGCUGGUGAUCAGUUCUAGAACAUCGCUGUCUCGCUGUUCCUGGAAACCUCCUGGUGAGGGAGGCCCUCACACCCCACAUGCCUUCUUGUCAGGAUAUUUAUGUCCCUGACUCCCUGUCACCUCCCGCCUUCCCUCGUGGAUAUUAUUCCUGCCUCUGUUCCCUCCUUUUCUUGUCUACCAUUUGUCCCUCAUUUCCUAACACUUCCAUGCAUAUAGCUUUCUGCUUUUCCAGCUGCUUGGGGGGGGGGGGAUUUCCUGGAUGAAUGUUGGCAGAGCUCCUGCCCCGUUCACAGGUCCUGACUCAGAGCCAGGGGAGCCCCCGCAGCGGGCCUUCACGGCAGGCCCGUGGGUGUUAUGAUGUGCAUCACUGCUAAUGCACGGGGUUCCCCGCCACUAACAGAGAAAAGCAAUAAAGUAUAUUUGGCUGGCUGGAA